AUGAAUAUAUACGUGAAAUGUUGUUUAGUGCUAUUUUUUCUUAAUUCGGUGAAAUGUCGAAGCGCUCCGCAAGAGGAACUCACUGUUCUGUCCGUGAAAGAGUUCUUGACAAAAUAUGGCUACCUCCCAGAGAGAAUUAAAGGCGUCGACUAUACCUACACAAAAAAGGCGAUAGCAGAUGGCGUUAGAAGGAUGCAGGCAUUCGCCGGACUGCCGCAAACGGGAGAAAUUGAUGAAGAAACUGAAAAGCUGUUCAAAACGAAACGAUGUGGCGUAAAAGACAUCGUGACUACUUCCUCCAAUCGACACAAGAGAUAUAUCGUGCAACAGGGCUGGGAUAAGAAGACAAUCACUUACAGUGUUUUAAAUGGAACAAGCACCCUCGAAAAAUCUCGGGUGGAGGCAUUGAUGGAUGCCGGUCUUGCAGUGUGGGCCCCCCAUGGAGGGCUGACUUUCCUUAAACGUGAUACCAAACCAGAUAUAUUAGUUUCAUUCGUCAACAAAGACCACGGUGAUGGGUUUCCAUUUGAUGGUCCAGGCCGUGUAGUGGCCCACGCAUUUCCGCCCCCUCACGGCGCGAUGCAUUUUGAUGAUGACGAGCUGUGGGCUGACAAUCCUGUUGACGAAGACGAAGAUGUGACUGACUUCUUCGCGGUCGCAGUGCACGAAAUAGGCCAUGCGUUAGGCCUAUCACACUCGAAUGUAAAGGCAUCAGUUAUGUACCCGUAUUACCAAGUGCCAGUGGAGAAGUUGCACGAGGAUGAUAUAUCGGGCAUGCGAGAGUUGUAUUCUUCCGUAACAAAUGAUAACUCCAAAGAGGAUUCGGAGGAGACAACAGAAGCAAUGGUCUCCCGCUCGUCUCUUGUGCCUCGCUUCACGAAAGCAGAUAUAGAUGAAGAUGACAUUCCUGAUCUCUGCUUCACAUAUUAUGACACGAUACAGGUCAUACAGGGAAAGAUUUUUGUGUUCGAAGAAGAGUGGGUGUGGGUGUUGACAGAAAGAAAACAGAUAGAAGAAGGAUACCCGAAAAAGUUCCACGACGUGUUUAUUGGACUGCCAAAAUAUAUUAAUGUUAUUAAAACGAUUUACGAGAAACGAAAUGGACAUAUAGUUAUAUUUUGGAGCCGACAUUACUGGGAGUUCAGCUCUCGAUUUCGUUUAAUAAAACGCGGGAGGAUCACAGAAUACUCCGUCCCACCACAAGUAUCCGAGCUGACGACAGUCUUCAUAUCUAACUAUAAUAAUAGGACCUACCUGUUUGAAGAAGAGAGAUUCUGGCGAUACAAUGAGGAUACAAAAAAGAUGGAUAGAGGAUACCCAAAGAUGAUGUCUGCGUGGAGAAAAGUCCCUGCGCCUGUUAAUGCAGCUAUUAUAUGGAAAGGAGAUACGUUUUUCUUCCAAGGACCACGUUUCUGGCGAUUUGAUAACACAUUAAUUCAAGCACACGAAUACUAUCCCUUACCGACAGCGCAAAUAUGGUUCCCUUGCGAAGCGACGCCGGAAAUGGGAAGAUACCUAACUAAUGAUGAACCAUAA